AUGUCUCACGCUGACGCCGAGGAAGCGCAGUAUCAGAAAGAAGUUGAGGAGGUCAAGCAGUGGUGGACUGACUCCAGAUGGAGGUAUACAAAGAGACCGUUCACCGCCGAGCAGAUCGUUGCAAAGCGCGGAACUCUAAGGAUCCAGUAUCCAGGAAACACCCUGUCAAAGAAGUUGUGGAAGACUGUCGAGGAUCGCUUCAAGAACAAAGAUGUCAGCUAUACAUAUGGGUGUCUUGAUCCGGUGAUGGUUACACAGAUGGCGAAGUACCUGGACACAGUGUACGUUUCCGGGUGGCAGUGUUCUUCGACAGCAUCAUCGACCGACGAGCCUGGACCCGACCUGGCAGAUUACCCUUAUACGACCGUCCCUAACAAAGUCGGACACUUAUUCAUGGCACAAGUGUUCCACGAUCGCAAGCAGCGAGAAGAGCGUGUCACUACACCAAAAGCCGACCGUGCGAAGCUCGCCAACGUCGACUACCUCCGACCUAUCAUCGCUGACGCGGAUACUGGGCAUGGUGGACUGACGGCUAUCAUGAAGCUUACGAAGUUGUUUGUUGAAAAAGGUGCUGCCGGCAUUCAUAUCGAGGAUCAGGCGCCAGGAACAAAGAAGUGUGGACACAUGGCAGGAAAGGUUUUGGUACCGAUCAGCGAGCACAUCAACCGCCUGGUCGCUAUUCGCGCGCAAGCCGAUAUCAUGGGUAGCGACCUUCUCGCUGUUGCUCGUACCGACUCAGAAGCUGCUACGCUCAUUACAUCAACUAUCGAUCCCCGCGAUCAUCACUACAUCUUGGGUGUAACGAACCCAGCCCUCCAGCCUCUUAGCGAACUCAUGUAUGCUGCGGAGCAAGCUGGAAAGAGCGGCGAUGAGUUACAGGCGAUUGAGGAUGCAUGGACCAAGGAAGCCCACUUGAAGCUUUUCCACGAGGCUGUGGCAGACACGAUUAAUGCUGGGGUUCACGUCAACAAGCGAGAGCUCAUUGCUCAGUUCAACGAGCAGACCCAAGGGAAAAGCAACCCCGAGGCACGUGCUAUCGCCAAGGGACUGACAGGUGUCGAUAUUUUCUUCAAUUGGGAGGCUGCACGGACACGUGAGGGUUACUACAGAUACCAGGGCGGAUGUCAAACCGCAAUUAACCGCGCGAUCGCCUACGCGCCAUACUGCGAUCUUAUCUGGAUGGAGUCAAAACUACCUGACUUUGCUCAAGCGAAGGAGUUUGCUGAUGGCGUUCACGCUGUCUGGCCGGAGCAGAAACUCGCAUACAACCUUUCGCCUUCUUUCAACUGGAAGAGUGCGAUGCCUCGCGACGAGCAAGAGACUUACAUCAAGCGUCUCGCAGCUCUUGGCUACUGUUGGCAAUUUAUCACGCUUGCUGGUCUGCACCAGACCGCUCUCAUGGCCGACACCUUCUCUAAAGCGUACGCCAAGCAGGGUAUGCGCGCUUACGGCGAGAUCAUCCAGGAGCCGGAGGCGGAGAACAAGGUGGAUGUUCUCACCCAUCAGAAAUGGAGUGGUGCCAACUAUGUCGACAACAUGCUGAAGAUGGUGUCCGGCGGUGUCAGCUCGACCGCGGCGAUGGGCAAAGGUGUCACAGAAGACCAGUUCAAGUAG